AUGCCUCCUGCUCCGCAACCCACCUGGAGUAUCUCGCACCGACACAAGUAUUCUCUGCCGACUGUGGCUUGUCAACAACAACAACAACAACAACAACAACAACAACAACAACAACAACAACAACAACAACAACAACAACAACAACAACAACAACCCAAGGAGAAAAGAACAGUAUCAUCUGCUCUUAUGCAAUGUGAUGCAAAGGCGAUGUGGUGCUCUGAAGAGCUGCUUCUGAGUCACAAACACGCUGACAAGGUCUACUCACGGAGGCAUCCAGGCUAUUUUAAUUCCAUUGACAAGGACGCAGGGAGGCCACGAGAGCCUGCACUGCGAGCCGAAUCGAGCAACGCAUUCAGUGCUUUCCAGCGGAGCAGCUCAGGGAUUGUAGCCAUGAAGACGAUCGUGCUCGUCUUAGCAUCGCUAGUAGCGACGAUGACCAGCGGUGUGCAAGGUGGAUACGACAUCAACGCGCUACACGCCCUGAGCGCCGUCAACGCCGGUCAUGGAGGCGGCGGUGGUGGUGGCGGCGGCUACGGAGGAGGCUACGGUGGUCACGGGGUCCCCAUUGUCAGAGUCGGCUACGUCAAGAAACCCUACGUGUCUAUCGGCUAUGUGCCCAAGAAGGUGGUGAAGUUUGUCAAGGUGCCCGUCAAGACCGUCGGUAUUGGCCUUAGGCCUGUGCUAACCUACAAAGUUGCCCAUCAGGUCAAGGUUGGUCACCCAUACUUUGGAUACGGACACGGCUAUGGACAUGGCUAUGGACACGGCCAUGGCUAUGGUGGUCACGGAUACGGCAAGGGUAUCAGCAUCGGCUUUGGAGGUCACGGCCUCGGCAUUGGUCUUGGACACGGAUAUGGUGGCUACGGACACGGCGGUUACGGUCAUGGUUACGGCGGUUACGGACAUGGAUUCGGCCACGGCUACGGCCACGGGCAUGGUGGCUACGGUGGCUACGGACAUGGUUUCUGGUGAUUGGUGUGCGUGCUGGCGACGUCAUCCUGGUCAUACUCAACGGUUGCGGACAAACUGAACCUCAUCUGUACAUAACCUCAUCCUGCUCAACUCUUAGGCUUAAUACGAUUAUUAAUAAUAAAAUGUGUAUAUACGUGUCCUUACAAA